CAGGUUUUUAGUCCCCUACCGGUUUACCGGAGGGGACUUUAGGUUUACCCUCCGUCCGUCUGUCCGUCCGUCAGUCCGUCCGUCUGUCCGUCCGUCAGUCCGUCCGUCCACAAAACUGGAUCCCGCGAUAACGCAAAAAGUACUGAAAAUAUUUUAAUGAAACUUGAUAUAUGGAUAGAUGGCAGUAUGGAGAUUAUGCACGUCUUUUUCUUUUCUUCCUAUGUUGAAAAUUCUGGUUGCUAUGGCAACAAAUAGACUGAAAAUAUGACAAAUUUUACACAUAAACUGGAUCCCGCGAUAACGCAAAAAGUACUGAAAAUAUUUUUAUGAAACUUGAUAUAUGGAUAGAUGGCAGUAUGGAGAUUAUGCACGUCUUUUUCUUUUCUUCCUAUGUUGAAAAUUCUGGUUGCUAUGGCAACAAAUAGACUAAAAAUAUGGCAAAUUUUACACAUAACCUGGAUCCAGUGAUAACACAAAAAGUACUGAAAAUAUGUUUAUGAAACUUGACAUAUGGGUAGAUGGCAGUAUGGAAAUUAUGCACAUCCUUUUCUUAUCUUCCUAUAUUGAAAAUUCUGGUUGCUAUGGCAACAAAUAGACUGAAUUUCAAGAUUUCUUAUUCUAGUUUUUAAGUUUUUUGACUAUAAGUUCUUUAUUUCUUAAGGUAUUUUCUUCAAACUUUAAAUAUAAGUUGCUUGUCAUCAACCACAUCAUAUGUGACAAGGUUUACAACUCUAGUACAAAAUUUAUCAGAAUUACCUCCCUUGAACUUAAAAUUUUUAUGAAAAAAACACGGGUGAUCAAAUAUCAAGUUAUGAGUGAGAAGAAACCAUUCGUAAAACCAGAGCCACCAGAGGGCGGAUGUCAUUUCUUUGUGGAUCGUAAAAGAAGAUAUUGCCGGUUCAAACCAACAAAGGAUUCAACUUACUGUGCUGAACAUGCUAGUGUCUUUGGAGUUGAUUUGGGAAGAAAGAGAAUUGAAUGCCCAUAUGAUUCGAAACAUACAUGCUAUGCUGACAAACUAAAUCACCAUAUGAAGAAAUGUCCAAGUAAACCAAAGCAAAUGCCUGCUUACUACAGUGCUGGAAUAAAUUCCGGAGAUGAUGCUGGCGAGACAGUUCCUGAUCCAAAAGUAAUUUACUUUCUUACUUUCUUCUCUUACCUUUAUGAAGACUUUGAGACCGUGUUGACAGUUCCUAUAGAGGAGUUACAGUCUUUCAUUGUAAAAGUGAAUAAGUUAUAUGAUGAACAUGUAGGAGUAUUAGAGGAGGAAAUACUGACACAUGAGUGUCUCAGAGACGAGUUAGAAAAUCACUCAUACGGCAAUGCUGCUUUACGUCACAGAAAACAACAGGCAUCACUUAUAGGUCAGAUGGAGAAGUUGGGCUUGUUGACAGAGGGGAAAUGUUUCUUGGAAAUGGGGGCAGGGAAAGGUCAGUUAUCACAUUGGUUACAUGGUGCUGUAGAGAAAUAUAAAGAUAUAGGAUUUGUGUUGAUUGAUAGAAGUCAUGUUAGAAAUAAGAUGGAUAAUCUACAUAAAGAGGAGAUGAUUAUGGAGAGAAUAAAGAUUGAUAUUGAACACCUCAGACUUGGUAAAGUUCCCAGUAUAGAGUCACAUGACAGAGGUGUUGUAGCAUUUGGUAAGCAUUUAUGUGGACCAGCUACAGACCUUGCAUUAAGAUGUGCCACAGAAACUUUAUCUAUAGAGGGAGACAACUCUAUCGAGAAUAUUCAACAAAGAAAACGUCUCAAAUCUGAUCAUAGGAAACUAGGUGGAGCAGUGAUAGCUCUGUGUUGUCAUCAUAGAUGUGUCUGGAAACCUUAUGUAGGUAAACAGUUCUUCAAACAAUGUGGACUUUCUGCCAGAGACUUUCAGAUCAUGUCCAGCAUGAGCAGCUGGGCUACCUGUGCUUGGAAAGGUUGGAGUCAUGAGAAGAAGGUGGGAGGUAAGAGUUGUGAAGCUACUGACGGACUCAUAGAUAAUGAUAAUAAAGAAACAGUUAAAUUAAAUGAGGAGUCAAAAUCCACUAAAGCAGACUUAGAUUAUUCAGAUGAGAUUUCUAGCAGAAGAGCUACAGACUUAGAUUCUAGUAGCAAUACAUUAGAGGUCAAGGUUUCCAGUUCAUCUGAAAGUCAGAAAGUUGAUUUAGAUGAUGAUGAUGAAGACGAACAUAGUCAAGAAGAGAGUACUACAAAUACUGGGAUAUCAACAAAGUUGAGUCAAGAAGAAAGGGAGGUCAUAGGUAGAAAAUGCAAGCGUCUCAUUGAUCUUGGUAGAGUCCAUUUCCUCCAAGAGCAUGGAUUAAAGAGUUCACUGAAAGUUUAUAUUGAGGAAUUCUUUACACCAGAAAAUGUUGUUCUUGUUGCAAGUUAAUGCCAACCUACAGAUGUAAAUUAGAUUAUCAAGAGGCAAAAUGAAAAAAAAAAUAGAAUUUUUGGGCAUUAUUUAAAGUUAUUAUCAUUUGAUUGUAUAAAGAAAUAGAACAUUAUUAUAGGCUUAUUUUAAAUAAAUCCAGGCGUUAAAGAAAAUACAAAUGAAUGAUACAAGGCCUUGAAAAGUCUUUGAAUUUUGUGUUGAGAGAUCAGUAUGAUUUUUUAAAGCAUUUUUGAAGGGCUUAGGUCUGAAAAUAAAACAAAAUUAUUGUUGACAAGUCAUAGUCUGAUCAGUGGAUGAACUUGUCAUAUUAUUAAGAAAUUUUUGAAAUGAUAGGGUGUACAAGUAAUAGUUUUUACAGUGCCACGACUCGAAAAUAAACAAAAGGCAAGAUUAAAUUGAAAAAUGCAUUGCUAAAAAAGUUCAUUGUAUUAAUUUUGGGUUGAAAAAUAAAUAUCAAAUUUAUAAAUAUCCAUUUUGAGUGCUUUGUUUUAUAGUCAAUAAUGCAGAGUUCCAGUUCAUAUAAGCAGUAAUGUUAUCAUGAAGGCCAGUAGACUCAAAUUAUUAAUUACAAAGCACUUUCACCAUAAACCAUGCAUUAUUAUACAUGUAUAACAAAGCACAGAAAACUUGAUGUAUUUUUGUUGAACUAUAUGUAUAUUGUGAUGAGAAGUAAUUUUUAUAACUCAUUUGGUUUAUUGAUGUCAUAUGAUAUGUAAGCAUUCUCUUUUUUACUCUGUGCAUACAACAUUUAAUAAUGUGCUCAACCCAUUAUCUAAUAGAGGAAUAGUAUGAAGCAUGCUAGAAUUGAUAGUUUAUUCUCAUUUUGUGAAGAAAUAAAAAGGCACAAGUUGAUGAAAUGUUUGUGUUACCUGGUUUAAUAAAAAAGAAAUAGUUAAUUUUCUGUGAAAACAGUAUGUACCAAAUGGUCAUUGUAUUUCAUGUUUUCUUGUGUUAAGUACUGCUGAAGGUAAUUGUGACAUUGGGCAUAGAAAUUCAAGUCAACUGAAGAAGCAUGAAUAAGCAAAUAUUCAAUAUAUCUUUGAGUUACAUCUUUGAAUCAAGUGGUAUCACUAAAGAGAGUGUUCAAUAGAACUAUCUGUGUUAUCAGUCUGUAUUAAGUUUAAUGAUUAUAAGUAAUGUGAUGGCAUUUAAU